CAGAAGCACACACAGGAAUAUGGAAAAAUCUUCAAGUCUCACUUUGGUCCUCAGUUUGUAGUAUCUAUUGCAGACCGCGAUAUGGUGGCUCAGGUGCUCCGGGCGGAGGGCGCUGCGCCCCAGAGAGCCAACAUGGAAUCCUGGCGGGAGUACCGAGACUUGCGGGGCAGAGCCACCGGGCUCAUCUCGGCGGAAGGUGAACAGUGGCUCAAGAUGAGAAGCGUAUUGAGACAAAGAAUUCUGAAACCGAAAGAUGUGGCCAUUUAUUCUGGAGAAGUCAACCAAGUUAUUGCUGACUUAAUUAAAAGAAUCUACCUCCUCAGGAGCCAGGCAGAAGAUGGAGAAACUGUGACCAAUGUCAAUGACCUUUUCUUCAAAUAUUCAAUGGAAGGAGUGGCCACCAUCCUUUAUGAGAGUCGUUUGGGCUGUCUGGAAAACAGCAUACCACAGCUGACUGUGGAAUACAUCGAGGCCCUGGAGCUCAUGUUUAGCAUGUUCAAGACCUCCAUGUAUGCAGGCGCCAUCCCCAGAUGGCUUCGCCCCUUCAUCCCAAAGCCCUGGCGGGAAUUCUGCAGGUCCUGGGAUGGACUCUUCAAAUUCAGCCAAAUUCAUGUUGACAACAAGUUGAGGGACAUACAGUACCACACGGACCGAGGCCGGAGGGCGAGCGGGGGACUCCUCACAUACCUCUUCCUUAGCCAGGCGCUGACGCUACAGGAGAUCUACGCCAACGUGACUGAGAUGCUGCUGGCCGGCGUCGACACGACGUCCUUCACCUUGUCCUGGACAGUGUACCUCCUGGCAAGGCACCCAGAGGUGCAGCAGACGGUGUACCGGGAGAUCGUCAAGAAUUUAGGGGAAAGGCAUGUUCCAACUGCAGCUGAUGUCCCCAAGGUCCCGCUGGUCAGAGCUCUCCUUAAGGAAACCCUGAGGCUGUUUCCAGUGCUGCCAGGGAACGGCCGGGUCACCCAGGAAGACCUGGUUAUUGGCGGGUAUCUGAUUCCGAAAGGCACCCAGCUGGCCCUUUGCCACUAUGCCACAUCGUACCAGGAUGAGAACUUCCCUCGGGCCAAGGAGUUCCGGCCUGAGCGCUGGUUGCGGAAAGGAGGCUUAGACAGAGUUGACAAUUUUGGAUCCAUCCCCUUUGGUCACGGGGUUCGCAGCUGCAUAGGGCGGAGGAUUGCAGAACUGGAGAUUCACCUCCUCGUGAUCCAGUUGCUUCAACAUUUUGAGAUCAAAACAUCUUCUCAGACUAAAGCCGUUCACGCAAAAACCCACGGGCUCCUGACGCCAGGGGGGCCCAUCCAUGUACGAUUCGUUAACCGAAAGUAA